AUGAGACUUAUCAGAAACAUUUAUGUAUUUUGUAGUGUUGUUCUGUCUGUGGAGGGCUGGGUGCCAAAGCUGCCGGAAGAAAGGGAUGUGACUACCAACUGCUCUAAUGUGGCUCUAGGAAAGGUUCCCACAGACACAACCCUUACCACAACCACACUGGAUUUAUCCUAUAAUCUUUUGCAACUUCAGAGUUCAGAUUUUCGUUCUAUCUCCAACCUGAAAGUUUUGAUUCUAUGCCACAACAGAAUUCAAGAGCUGAAUAUCACGAUCUCUGAAUUCAACAAGGAGUUAAGAUAUUUGGAUUUGUCUUUUAACAGACUGAAGAUUGUAACUUGGUAUUCACUGGCAAGUCUCAGACAUUUAGACCUUUCUUUUAAUGACUUUGAGACCAUGCCUACUGGUGAAGAAACUAGCAACAUGUCAUUCCUGGAAACCCUGGGUUUGAGUGAGGCAAAAAUACAAAAAUCAGAUUUCCAGAAAAUUGCUCAUUUGCAUCUAAAUACCAUCUUCUUAGCAUUGAGAACUCUUUCUCAUUAUGAAGAAGGUAGCCUACCCAUCUUAAAUGCAUCAAUACUUCACAUUGUUCACCAACAAAUGUAAAUUUCUGUUCUUUUGAAUGAUAGAAUCAAGACUUCAAAAAUAUUAGAAAUGACAAAUAUAGAUGGCAAGAGCAAAUUUGUCAGUUAUGAAAUUCAACAAAAUCUUAUUUUAGAGAAUGCCAAGACAUCUACUCUGUUACUUAGUAAAGUUGAUUUACUCUGGGAUGACCUUCUCCUUCUCUUCCAAUUUGUUUGGCAUUCAUCAGUGGAAUACUUCCAGAUCAAAAAUGUGGCUUUUCGAGGUAAGGUUUCUCUUGACCACAAUUCAUUUGACUACUCAAAUACUGUACUGAGAACUAUAAAACUGGAGCAUGUACAUUUCAAUUUUUAUAUUCCACAGGGUAAAAUCUACUUGCUUUUUACCAAAAUGGAUGUAGAAAACCUGACUAUAUCAAAUGCACAAAUUCCACACAUGCUUUUCCAUACUUAUCCUACAAGAUUCCAGUAUUUAAAUUUUGCUAAUAAUAUCUUAACAGAUGACAGGUUUAAAAGAACUAUCCAAUUGCCUCAUUUGAAAACUCUCAUUUUGAAGGGCUAUAGACUGGAGAGACUUUCCUUAGCGAGUGGCUUUGCUAACAAUACACCCUUGAAGCACUUGGAUCUGAGCCAAAAUCUAUUACAACAUAAAAAUGAUGAAAAUUGCUCAUGGCCAGAAACCUUGGUCACCAUGAACCUGUCAUCCAAUAAAUUCACUGAUUCUGUUUUUAGGUGCUUGACCAGAAAUAUUCCAAUACUUGACCUAAAUAAUAACCAAAUUCAAACUGUCUCUAAAGAGAUCAUUCAUCUGAAGUCCUUACAAGAGCUAAAUAUUGCAUUUAGUUUUCUAACUGAUCUCCCUGGGUGCAGUUAUUUCAGGAGACUCUCAAUUCUGAAUAUUGAAAUGAACUUAAUCCUCAGCCCAUCCCUAGAUUUUUUUCAGAGCUGUCAGGAAGCUAAAACUCUAAAUGCAGGAAAAAAUCCAUUCCAGUGCACCUGUGAAUUAAGAAAUUUCAUUCAGCUUGAAAAAUAUUCAGAAGGCAUGAUGGUUGGAUGGUCAGAUUCAUACAUCUGUGAAUAUCCUUUAAAUCUAAAAGGGACUAAGUUAAAGGACAUUCAUCUUCCUGAAUUAUCCUGCAACACAGCUGUGUUGAUUGUUAUCAUCAUGGUUAUUAUGCUAGUUCUGGGGAUAGCUGUGGCCUUCUGCUGUCUCCACUUUGAUCUGCCCCAGUAUCUCAGGAUGCUUGGUCAGCAGACACAAACAUGGCACAGGGUUAGGAAGACAGGAGAACAACUCAAGAGAAAUGUCCAAUUUCAUGCAUUUAUUUCAUACAGUGAACAUGUUUCUCUCUGGGUAAAGAAUGAAUUGAUCCCCAAUCUAGAGAAAGAAGACGGUGUCUUGAUUUGCCUUCCUGAGAGAAACUUUGACCCUGGCAAGAGCACUGGUGAAAACACCAUAAGCUUCAUUGAGAAAAGUUGUAAGUCCAUCUGUUUGUCUCCCGACUUUGUCCAGAGUGAGUGAUGCAAUCAUGAACUCUACUUUGCCCACCACGACUUCUUCCAUGAAAAUUCUGAUCAUAUAAUUCUUACCUUACUGGAACCCAUUCCAUUCUACUGCAUUCCUACCAGGUAUUGCAGGUGGAAAGCUCUCACGGAAGAGAAAGCAUACUUGGAAUGGCCCAACUGCUAUUGGCUUUGAGCUGCUGUUAAUGUUAAUGUACCAGACACCAGAGAAAUGUGUGAAUUACACACAUUCACAGAGCUGACUGAAGAGUCCUGAGGUUCUUCUGUCUCUCUGAUGACAACAGACUGCCUAUGAAACCCCUGCCACUAGGGAAAUUGCAGCCACAUACACUGUUGGGCUAUAAAUUGAUACAACUUUUAUGAUGGCAAUUUGGCAAUAUCUGUUAAAAUAAAAAAAAAUUGUUAUCGCCUUCAUAACAGUUCCUGGAAGGA